AUGAAGACUGUUGACGUUCAAAAUCAUAGUUAUGUGGAACCAGUUCGACGUAUUCUAAACAUCUUCGACAUGAAUCCUUUUUAUUUCUCUGAAGGAUACCAAAUGUUACUUGAAUUCUUGCACGAAUUGAAUGAUGCCGUUCUUAACGUAAAAACUUGCGAUGAUGUGCCUGUGAGUGAAAAUGUGAUGAAGGUUAUUGAUAUGCUGGACAAAGUAAUGAGUUGGAUAGAAUUAUUCCCACCUGAAGAGGAUCCCACUCAAAGAUAUGGGAACAAAUCAUACAGGAAAUGGUAUGAUCACCUUCUCCAGGAGAAGAACAAGAUUGUGGAAGACAUCUUGCCGGAUCACUUGAAGCCAGCCGCUGGUGAAUUAUGUGCCUACAUCGAAGAUUCCUUCGGUAAUUCAACUCGAAUUGACUAUGGGUCAGGUCACGAGUCUACGUUCGUAAUAUUCCUUCUUUGUCUAUACCGCAUUGGAUUUUUAGCUGCUACUGACAACCGUGCCGUUGUUCUUCGAAUCUUUGUAAAAUACCUCCAGCUUUGCCGAUCUUUGCAAACGACAUACAAGAUGGAACCAGCUGGCAGCCAAGGCGUACAUUCCCUAGAUGACUAUCAGUUUAUUCCUUUCUUAUGGGGAAGCGCCCAGCUGGCUGGUAACAAAUCGCUUAUACCUGACUCAUAUCUGAAACCUACAGUGGUUGAGACCAAUGCUCAUAAAUACCUCUUCCUCGAUUGUGUAAAUUUCAUAAAUCAGACAAAAAGCGGACCAUUUUACCAACAUUCGAAUCAGUUGUGGAACAUUUCUGCUGUUCCAACCUGGACUAAGGUGAAUAGUGGUCUGUUCAAGAUGUAUGAAGGGGAGGUACUCAAAAAGUUCCCAGUGGUACAACAUUUCCGUUUUGGCUCUUUGUUUUCCUUCGAAAAACGAUGUGACUCAGAAGCAGUUCCCGUCGUUCCUCGCCCAGUGGCUCAUACCAAUGCUGUAACUUCUGAUGUUAUUGAAUGCAAAAUGCCUCCACCACCUUCACCACAUCUACCAAAAAUAGAUGAGUGA